CGCGAUGUUCUGUGUGAGGUGAGUUCUCUUUACUCGUCUAAAAAGACAAAGACUUGACAGUGCUAGAAUUUUUUUAAGGCCUUUAUGGAAACUCUCAGUAUCCGUAUAAAUAUGAAAUUAAUAACUCACAGUGUCUCCGAGUUCUGAGUGCGAGCCCUCACAACGCAUGUGUUAUUAAAAAUUGUGGAUUGUGUUAUCGCACCUAUGAGCCAUUUAUAUAUCCGUAUAUAUAAUUCAUUUGUGCCAAUACGGUGUAAUUUAUCAUAUCUGCAUUCUCGUGUUUUAAUAAUUUAAAAAGUAAUCUGUGAUUUUAUUUUCCGUACUAGGAACCAGUGGUGUGCAAUUUUUUCAAUGUUGCCAACGUUGUUAUUCCAUCAACUAAUAUUUAUAAACUUAUUUAAACAAUUUGACCAAAUUAAAGGUUUUUUAUGGGUCUCUGUUUCAGCUGCAGCAGGUCUAGGGAUAAAUUUAAAGCUAAAAGCACUAAGAUAUGCCAGAUACACUCGGCCGUAUCGCCAGUCUACUUACCUCACGAGACACCUUGUUCCAGCCACGUGAACAGACUGAGCGCCCCCUAUGUAGAGGAUAGGAUGGCCACAUCCUUUUCAAAUAUGAAUCUCACAAACCCUAUCAAAGGGCUUGUCAGUAAAAGAAGAUACAGGUACAAGAAGGAUGGGUUCAAUUUAGAUCUAACUUAUAUCACGGACAACAUCAUCGCCAUGGGCUACCCAGCGUCCAACAUCGAGGGCGUCUACCGCAACCACAUCGACGACGUGGUGAAGUUCCUCGACAAGAAGCACCUGGACCACUACUACAUCUACAACCUGUGCUCGGAACGCAGCUACGACAAAUCCAAGUUCCACAACAGGGUGAAGGUGUUCCCCUUCGACGACCACAACCCGCCCAAGAUCGACUCCAUCCAGCCGUUCUGCAACGACGUGAAGGAGUGGCUGUCGAAGGACGAGCGCAACGUGGCCGCCGUCCACUGCAAGGCGGGCAAGGGCCGUACCGGCACCAUGAUCUGCUGCUACCUGCUGCACAGCGGGAUGUUCCCCAGCGCGGACGAGGCCCUGUGCCACUACGGCAAGACGAGGACGCAGGACAAGAAGGGCGUGACGAUACCCAGCCAGGUGCGGUACGUGCGGUACUACGAGAAGUUGGUGCGCGGCAACCUGAACUACACGCCCGUCUCCAUGUACAUAAAGGAGUUCAUCUUUAACCCGGUGCCGAACUUCGUGGGUGGGCAGGGGUGUCUCAGCUUUACGAUAUCGCACCAGACCUUGCAGCAGGAGGGCGAGAAGCUGACGCAGAAGUGCAAGAAGCUGCGGAAGAACGACGCGUUCGAGGUGAAGAAGGCCGACUCGCCGUUCUCCAUCAAGCUGGACUACUGCCUGCCGUUGACGGGCGACAUCAAAGUGGAGUUCUAUAACAAGUCGAUGAUGCGGAAAGAGAAACUGUUUCAGUUCUGGUUCAAUACGUUUUUCAUAACGGACGUUGUGGACGUUAACGGGUACGUGGACAGGAACGGUAGUGGCGAGGACUGCUGUUACGUGCUGUCGUUCGACAAGAACGAGUUGGAUAUCGUUAAUAAGAAGGACAAGCAGAAUAAAGUAUUUAGUGCCGACUUUAAGUUAACGAUGCUCCUCCAGAGAAUACCGAGGGACGACUGCUGCCCGUCGACGUACGAGCGGCCGUCGCAGGUGCAGGACACGCCUAGCGAGAGCUCCGCCGACUCCUCGGACGACUACACGAACGAGGAGGACGACUGGGACAGUGUCCUGGACGGCGAACACUUGGAUCCACGCGGCGUUGGGUAUAGAAUCUUGUCGGAAUGCGAGCUAGCCUCCCAGUUGACAUCGUCUAGUAGCGAACAGCAACCCGAGUUACUGAUUGUGUGAUUUAGAGAGUGGACGAGUUACUGGGGACGGGGGUCGGUUGCGAAGCGACGUUUUCGUCAAUUUGAAAGAUGAAUUACGCAGGCGGGGGUUAAUUAUUAGGAAUAAAUUUUGGAAUCGUCAUGAAUACGUGAUUUCGUGAAUAAAUUGCAAGUUCGACGAUAAAUUAAUGCGGAAUUCAGCUUUUAAAGUGCAAAACGUUCGAUUCUGGCACCGACUUACCUCGAAAUGCGAACUGUUGCCGUAUUAGUAUGAUUUGAAGUUAUUACGACAAGCAAAGGCAUAGACACGAUAUGUAUCGCUUAAUCUGCUGCCUAUAGCAAAACGAUGGGAAAUUUAUUGGUCAUAUUAUAAUUUGACGGUUUGGCGUACACUUGCGUCAGAGGCGGAUUGGCUAUGCGGGAACUCGGGAGGUUUCCCGAUGGGCCGCGGUCAUUUUGAGCCGGUCCGCGCUGUAGAAGGAUGUAAAAUAUUUUUCUUUCAAAAAACGGGCCGCUUGAUGAAUGUUUCCCGGGCCUGUUUAUCUAGCCAGUCCGCCUCUGACUUGCGUAAAAAUUAAUAAAAACGAACCCGAAUUUCCAAGUUGAUUUUUCUCCCGAAUGUCCAAUCGUAUUUCUCCUAUUUUUUUGAAACACCCUGUAUAGUGCGCCUGUAAAAAUAGCAAUGAAUGAAUCUUUUCUGAACAUUUUUAAAUCACGUCAUUGUCUCUGUUAUUAAUUGAGAUACACUGUGAAAGCGAUUUUUUGUUAAAAUUUGAAAUUAAAAAAAUCUUCAAAAUAAAAUUCGCGUACAUUGAAUUGGGGCCCGUUUUUAGUGGCACGUUAAUUUCGUUGCCAAAUAUAUUGAAAUUGUAACAUUCGAACUUUUCGAUGUUUCAAAUAUGACAAUUUUUAUAAAUCGUUCCAGAAACCAUCGUUUUGCUACUUGCAGCACCGAUAUAUACUUAAUAGUGCUUCAAAACCAGAAACAUAAACCGUUUGGUCCGUUCAUCGUUAAAAUUUUCGUCUCGUACAAAUUCGAUCAAAAUUAAACGAAUUAUUCUGCAGUUUUAGUAGCGAUACAUGCUGUUGCAGUUAGGAUUACUGUUAAGUAUAUAUCUAUCCCUUUUGCACAAGAAACGAAGCGAAAUCCGAAUCGAACCCUGUCUAUGUCUUGCCACCUUCCCAACUGACGUCACCUUAUCUGAUAGUGAUAAAAAAAUGCCUACGAACAAUAUUUUUUAUACAUAAAAGUAGUAUUUUCUCCCCAGCUACAAACGACUCCUUCAGCAGAAUAAACAGUACAAAAACUUUUGCCGAGGCCGAAAUACUGACCCGACGGUAUAUUAAAGACCCUCCCGUGCACACUUUCGGCCAAGUUUUAUCCGUUGACGAGAACGUUAUCUACCUCAUGUAAAAAAUUUCGUAGAGCGAUCAGGCUUUUUCUUUCUCGAUUAGACCGGUCUUUGAUAUACUGCGUCUUCACUAUUAAAAAUUGUACCAUGAGCAUCUUGUAGAGUGAUGUAUUUUCCGUUAAGAUUAAUAAAGGUUUACUUGAA